AUGAGUCGAAUGCGCUUGAUGGUGUUGACGUCCGUGGCAGCUUGCGCUCUCCUGGGAUCCCCAAGAAGCUUCCUGGCGUGCGAGAAUCGUCCUGGCGCGCGCCGGCCUCUGUCUGGGCGCAGAGCAGCCGCGCAGGAGUUGGAAGGGGUGCGCCUGCACGCCUGCCGUGCGGUGCUCCACCUGAGCAUUGUCCCACAACCUGCGCCUUCCAGCGCUGGCAUCCCGGGACCGGGCCUUCCCCCUGGUGUGCUCUCUCUGAAUUUCCUGGGUUGGACCAUUGGUGGCAGUUUUGCCAUUGAGUGGGAUGAGAGCCCCUUUGGCAAGUACAUGGAGGUCGGCCUCCUGAGCAGUCUCGUACUAGCUGCGGGCGCCUGGGGUGCUUGGGCCUCUCAUGUUUGGGUGGACAGCACUUCUUCGUGCGAGGGGGGCCGCCAGGUGUGGGGAUUGCCCACCUCACAGUGUGACAUCAGCAUGGAGACUUCAGCAGAGGAUGGGAAGGUGCUGGGUUUUGGUUACGCCCCGCUCGUACACAUCGGGGACGGCUGCGGGCCUUUGGGUCGCGUGGAUCGCAGUGCUCGCGUCACUGUGGGCCAUUUGCCUUGGCCGGGCAAGGAUAGCAGCGCAGUCGACGUGACCUUGCCUAACUUGAGUGGUGGACUUUACUUCUCAGAAGACGGCCGGACUGGCUACACAGAUGUCUUGUCCUAUCCUUUGAGGCUCCAGGCCUGUAGCUGGAGAUUGCUGCCCGGUGCCAGCGUUACCGGAGGUAGCGGCAUUGUACCUCGGAUGGAUUUUUCUCGGUGGCUACCACUUUUCAGUAUAGAGCUAAGUGAUGUCCAUGUGGAUGCCGGGGUCCCAAAGAAGCUUGAGGUACAAUAG